AUGAACCGAAGGCUCCUCAGAGAACGAUGGAGAAGCAUUCCUCGGGGAUGCGUCGAUUUACAACUAGGAUUAUCGAUGUGCCUUCGGACCCUCUACACGCUAAAUGGGAGAGAGCUUCACGAGCCAGUAAUGGAAAUUCUGGUUAAGUUUAAUGUCGACUAUAACCCUUACGCCGGACUAUACCCAGUUCAACGUGCAUCGGAUGAAGAUAUGAAACAAGAGUGGUAUAGUACGAUAUUUGUAUCAGCGACUAAGCGCAGUCUGGAUCGUUCCUGGUAUCUCACCUGCAAGGAAAUCCGGAAAUUACUGGAAGAAAAGAAUAUGGCCCACUUCAAUGUUGAGAUUAUCGAUUGCCGCGCAAGUCCAGGGGGUAUCCAACAAAAUCCCAUUCUUGUGGACCAACCCAGCUUAAAAUACCAUGAACAAUCUAUCGAUGAGUAUCUCUUUAGCAUCAAAGAAAUGGAUACUUAUAUCUCGCCUGAAGUCAAGGAGAGGAUAUGGUCUGGGAAUCCUUCAGUUCCCACAGGCAAAGUUCGCGGCUAUGAGCUAAACCAACAAAUUAUUAACCCAACUAAUGCUCUGGUCGAUCAAGGAGUUCGCUUCUUCAAGGAGAAAAAUCACCACCUAGGCAAGGUUUAA